AUGGAUCCUUUACAAAGACCGGAGCUCCACAUCCUCCUGGAAGAGGCCGCCCGUCAUGCGCCUCAACUGCUGCCGGUGCUGGCGGAGCAGCUGGAGCAACGAGGGGUUGCACUGGAUUGGUCCUUGGGCAACGACUGUCGCAGCAACUUUGGCAGAUACGCGCUGGAUGCUGCGCUGGAGGUGCUGGUGAAGGAGAUGCGAAACGAGGCCGCAGCCCUCUCCCUGCUGUCCCUGGUUCAAGGAAGUGGCAAAGGUGACACUUCUCAAUUGGAUUCCGAUCCAUUAAUGCGUGCAGCGGCCGCGCAGGGGAUGACGAGGCUCGUGGAGAAAUUGGUGAAGGACUGCGGUGCAGAUGUGAAUUCCAAGGACCCUCGCUUUGGAAGUAGCGCCCUGGACCGAGCAUUGGAUGCUGGCAAGGAGCAAACGUCACUGAAGCUCUUGCAGCUGGGUGCCGAUCCAACCGUGGGCAAGGGCGUGGACUACGUUUUGGCUCGCGCAGGACCAAAGGUGCGGGCGCAGUUGCCGCUCAGCUCCAUGAGAAGCGCAGCUGGGGCAUCCUCAGAGGUGGACUUCAGCGGCCUGCGGAGCAAGCUCCAAAAGACUUCGGAGCGCAUGGUGCUACAGCAGCUGGAAAAUCAGAGGUUCUCCAAAGUGCAACUGGCACAGUUGCUGCAGGAAGCCGCAAGAAUCGGCUACAAGCCACGUCUUCUGCGACAGCUUUACGACACCUUGGCCGAAGAGCUUCCAUUGAACUGGGACGAGGCUGAUGUCACGUCCGACGCCGCCUUUGCACGGCGGCCGUUAGAUGUGGCACUGGAGACGGCGGUGGAGACUUUCAAUGAAUUUCUGCCGUUGCUGGUCCUCAUCCUGCAAAAAAGAUCAAACGCCCCCAUGGUUGUCGACGGUGGUCGCAGCUGGCGUGAGGUCCGCGAAAGUUAUGCUUUGCUGCCUUUGGAGCGACCAAGCCCAGUGGUAGACAGCUCCAGAAAACGAGCAUCUGAGGGAUAUCCGGUGAUCAUCCCAGCCCCCGAGCCUUGGCUGGGACGAAUGCUUCCAGAUGUCCAAGAGGAUGUUGCACCUUGGCGCACCGGGCUCUUUUGGACCAGCUUCGGUGGUUUGCUGGGCGUCCUCCACGGUGCAGCUGUGGCCUUCCUGAGCGAUGGCAGGUCUCGUUCCGCCUCGCGAUGUCAAGCUUUCAUGGUGGGUUUCAUGGCGUCAGCUCCCUGGUACAUGUCCAUGUUGGGCCUGUCAGGUGUCCUGUCAGUCUACGCCGCUCGCGCGGAGCGCGCUGGCCGCAGAAGGGCGGCAUUUUGGGAUGCGGAGUCCCAUCCGGCCUGUGAUUUGGGCUGAGCAAAGUCCAGCAGAAACGUCGCGAGCCGCAUCACGCUGUGAUCAGAACACCUUAAACGUUGCACUAGUUACUUGUUACCAUGGAAUCCCAGAGUGAGCGACACUCUGAUUUGAAAUGUGGAGAAUGGAGGACACCUUGAUACUCC